AAAGCGACAACAACGAAAUUUAAAAACCUGAACCGAAGAUGCACUGCCUUGAAAGGAAGGGAAGAUUUGAACUGUGAAUACCAGCGUUGGGGUUUUGGGAUUUUUGAGAAUUUGGGGGGAUUUAUUUUUGUUUUUUGAAAGAUGAUGUUAUCGGCAUCACCUACGUCCUUAGCUAAGAGCUCGCUGGAGGAGAUGCUGGAGUCGCUGAGACGGCGGGAUGAGAGUGAAAAGCCCAAGGACCUGCCACCGGCACCGCCAGGCCGGAUAACUUCCAAGGCUCGGCUACCCUCGUGUCGCAGGUCACUUCCAACUGACUUCAAGGUUGACGGAAUGGUAUUAAAUUUGGAGAAGUUUCUGCUGUGCCCAGUGAAGUAAAGGCUCGGGAGGGAGGGAAGAGGAAGGAGGAGCAGUUCCGAGUGAGGAGAAAUAGCUUUGGAAGCAAGAAGAUGAGGAAAGAGCUAAAUCAAGAUUCACCAUAUGGUGGUGAGGCAGCGGAGGGAAAGAAUGGUGUGGGAAUGGAGGUGGCAGAUGAUCGUGGUACAGAGGAGAAUUUAUUCAAAAUUGCAGUAAAGAAGGGCGGGGAGCUAGAAUGGGAUGUUAAUGAUAUUACUGGGUAUUUCAUCAAGAAGAAACUUAAGAGUUUGGUGUCGGCUCCCAAAUGGUCAGUGGGAUUCUGGAACGAUGAAAUCUACUUCUGGGGAGGAAUCAUAUGUCUCCCUCGCAAAUGGAAAUGUUAUUAGAGUUUCUACAGGAGAUCUCUUUCCUGCAAAUCCAGAAAUUCUUGAGGGAGCGGAUGAUUUAAUUCAAAUUAGUUAUUUGAAUGAAUCAACAGUCCUUCACAAUCUUAAGUACAGAUAUACCCAGGAUAUGAUUUAUAGGAAAGCAUGUCCAGUUUUGAUUGCCCUCAAUCCCUUCAAACAUGUCCAGCUUUAUGGGAAUGAUUUUGUCACAGCUUAUAGUCAGAAAGCUGAUGAUAGCCCUCAUGUUUAUGCUUUAGCAGAUACUGCUUACAGUGAAAUGAUGAAAGACAGAGUAAAUCGAUCAAUAAUCAUAAGUGGGGAAAGUGGAGCUGGGAAAACUGAGACAGCAAAAUUAACAAUGCAGUACUUGGCUGCAGUUAGUGGUGGUAGUGGUGGGAUAGAGAGUGAAAUUCUUCAGACUAAUUAUAUACUUGAAGUAUUUGGGAAUGCUAAAACAUCUAGGAAUGACAACUCUAGCCGAUUUGUGAGUAUAUAUAUUUUUUCUCUCUAUUUUUUCCCUUGUUCUGUGCUGAAGGUAGUCGUAGAUGUGUAUACAUACAUACGGACACAUGCAUCUUUGUUGUGGAAGGUAUCCCAAUUGAUAUUGAUUUGUAAUUAUCCAAUUUCUGCUCUGUUUGCUGACUUGGACACUUGGUUUAUACUUUGUAUAUUAAAUGUUGGUUCACCAUUGAAGCCUCUGGAUAGUCCUGCUAGAAAAGUCAAGAGUGGUUCAGUUGUAUGCCAGUGAAAGGUCAUACCAUGUCUUUUAUCAACUCUGUGCCAGUGCUCCAGCAUGUUGUAAGGGUGAACUACCUUUGCACUUUCUACUUCCAGUUGGGGGUUGGACUCUUUGUUUUUGACAAGACACAAGUUAUUUUAAUAACAUAUAAAAUUAGUGAAUUGUUAAUUAGCCGUAAACAUCUUGUGACGCAAUAUCUCAUGAUGGACCUUUGAAAGUUUACAACUGCUAUUUCUCAUAUAAAAUGGUAGAAGUCUAUUGCUUACCAUGUCUUUUUAACUAGACAUGACAUGGUUCUUGAGUCUGGUAUGCUAUGCAUUCAUUUUCAUACAUCAAAGGAGAAUGUGUUUCAUAUUCUUUGCAUCAUUUCUUUACAGAGAAAUUGAAUCUUAUAACGGCAAAGGAAUACAUGUAUCUGAACCAGAGUGACUACCUGGUGAUUAAUGAAGUUGAUGAUGCUAAGAAAUUUAAUAAGCUUAUGGUAAUUCGGUUGUUAUGUGAUAUGUAUAUCAUUAAUGGAGUAGCCCCAUUUUAAGUUUAUUUCUUUGUCUCCUAGGCCAUAUAGGGAAAUGACCUACCAUGUCUACCAUCUUUUUGGUAUUUGUUGAUAGAAAGCUAAAUAUGAAAUAAAACCCAAUUACAACCAGCACCAUAGCACCAAACUCUUCAAUAUGGCAUUGGCAGCCAACUUCAUGAUCAAACCCAACAUUUAACUGAGUGAAACCAAAAUCGAAAACAACAAGAGUCCCAUAUUUAGCUAACUUUGCACCACACUGAGCACUAAUAUAAUCCAAUAAAAAUGCCCAAAAAACUAUCAAAUGGGUCCAAGUGAUUGAGGUAAUUAACAAUAUAUCCAAAAUAAACCAUAUCACCCAAGACUGGAAAUUAAUUCUAAACCCUAAU